UGGUUUUUUUCCCGGUAAAUUUACCAUCGCCGGCGCCGCGAUCGAGUCCCGGGAAAAUUCAAUUUGGUGCAGUGCAGAAGGUUUUCGUAUGUGCAAUUUUGAACAUCAUUUUCGUAGAUUUCUAUAAGUGCAAUAUCGAGUGUUGCGGUUUUAGGUCUUGCUCGUUAUUUCAGGUUUUGGCAUUCACUGUUUUACCAAGUGCAAUUUUGAGCAUUUGUUGUGUGAGGUUUUCAGGAGUGCAACUUGGGCACAAUUAGUUUAUUUCUUUACCUGUUCGGCUUUGAUGCUGUUACCGACUGUGGGGAAGGAUUCCGUUUCCAUCGAAUUGCUUUUAUGAAUGCCAUUGUGUGCGUGGUUAUUUAGGCGUGGCAUACUUUUCUGUACCAAAUUCUCACGUUGUUUAAUCACACUGUGCACUUUUUGUGAAGUUAAGCUAUUUAGCAGCAGUGGCAUGUUUUUGUUGUGUACACAAAGGCUUCAACCUUGGGGAGGAUGGGUCUUCUUCCAAAUGAUACAAUAGAAGUGAUAGCUCAAAGUAUUGGUAUAAAUAAUUUGUCUCCAGAUGUUGCCCAAGCUCUUGCUCCAGAUGUUGAAUAUAGAAUGCGUGAAAUCAUGCAGGAAGCUGUCAAAUGUCAGAGGCAUUCAAAGCGAACUAUUUUGACUACUGAGGAUGUGGAUAGUGCACUCAGCCUCAGAAACGUGGAGCCCAUUUAUGGCUUUGCUUCAGAAGAUCCUUUGAAAUUUAAAAAGGCAGUGGGGCAUGCAGAUUUAUUUUAUGUUGAGGAUAAAGACUUGGAAUUUAAGGAUGUUAUUGAAGCACCUCUACCAAAAACACCACUGGAAACUGCAGUGGUAGUUCACUGGCUGGCCAUUGAAGGAGUGCAGCCAGCCAUUCCUGAAAAUCCUACAUCUGGAGCACUUGUUGUUCCCUCAGAAAACAAGAAGACUGAACAUGACAAGGAUCAUGGCCUUCCUAUUGAUGUGAAACUUCCUGUUAAACAUGUGUUAUCAAGAGAACUCCAGCUAUACUUCGAGAAAAUCACUGAACUCAUUGUUACACAAGCUGGCUCUACGUUAUUCAAGGAAGCAUUAGUUAGUCUGUCUACAGAUUCUGGACUUCAUCCAUUGGUCCCAUAUUUCACUCAGUUCAUUGCAGAUGAGGUAACCAGGAGUUUGGGUGAUUAUGCUCUUCUUUUUGCAUUGAUGCGUGUGGUGCGGAGCCUUUUACACAAUUCACACAUACACAUUGAGCCAUAUUUGCAUCAGCUUAUGCCCUCUGUGAUUACAUGCCUUGUUGCUAAAAGAUUAGGAACACGAUUCACUCAAAACCAUUGGGAGCUUAGAGAUUUCACAGCAGAUCUGGUCGCAUUUAUAUGCAGACGAUUUGGACAUGUGUACCACAAUCUUCAACCACGGGUGACAAGGACUCUUCUUCAUGCAUUCCUUGAUCCUAAGAAGGCAUUGACCCAACACUAUGGUGCUAUUCAAGGCCUUGCAGCUAUGGGACCUAGUGUGGUGCGCUUACUGAUAUUGCCAAAUUUGGAACCUUACUUGAAACUACUAGAAACAGAGAUGGUACUUGAGAGUCAGAAAAAUGAAAUCAAGCGUCACGAAGCUUGGCGUGUGUAUGGUGCUUUAUUGCAAGCUGCAGGUCGAUGCAUAUUUGAGAGGGUAAAAUUGUUUCCAGGUCUUCUAUCUUUACCUGUCCGGUCUACACUAGAGAGUUCUUUAAAAGUGGCGACAACAUUGGAUCCUGAUACAGCCAAAGGCAUUGUUUCUCCGGGAAAUCUGUCAAGCACAUUAAGAAAGCGCAAAGUUGGUGAAGUUUUUUCUUCACAACAGUCGUCAAAGAUCUUGUCUGAAUCUUUGGCUGAUUCUAUUGGAGCUGCAUCUGAAGGUCAAGCCAAUGUCAAUCUAGGGGAGUCGGCUCUUGUUAGGGCCACUGGACAAAAUUCUGAUGAAAAUGUAACAGGUAGCAGUAGAAGGGAAAAGGGAUUGCUGAACAAGAGUGAAAGGGUUGGGAGUGUUCUUGCUCAGGCGUGGAAAGAAGAUGCUGAUGCGGGGCAACUAUUAGCCUCUCUUGUUGAUUUGUUUGGGGAAGGCAUGCUGAUGUUCUUCGCUUCAAGAGAGAUGUCACUUUUCUUGUAAGAUCCAAAAGUUCAUGUUUCUUCCAAUUUAUCUAAAUGCAUCCAGAAGUAGAUUUUUCUCCACGCUUUUGACGCUCACUACAAAUAUUUACGAAUAUGGAGUAUGGCUACUUUCUGAAAUUUAUUUAUAAUUUGAUAAAUCAUUUAUCGUGCA